ACAACAGGUAUAACAUAAACAUAAGUGGGCGUUGUGAGAGGUUGCAAAUGGAGCUGGAACCGACAAAAGUGGUCGAUUUUCAUUAUGAAUACACCAACGUGGACGAGAAACCAGCCAAGUUGGUGUACGCGAUCGAAAUUCCCUACAGGGGCAGUGUGGUCGAGCUGAGCCACCAGAUUGUCUCGGUUCGGAUGGAUCCCAUAAUGCAGUUUCUCAAGGCCAACCGCGAUCUGUUGAAGACGUUGGAAAAGUUUGUCGAGCGUGAAAAUCAAGCUUUCUACGACGAACGGGAUGAGCUGCUGCUCGAGAAGUUCCGCAAUGGGACUCCGGAUGUGGACACGCUGGCACUGGACACGGAAAAACUAUAUCGCGAGGAAAUACUUGAGUUUGCCGACCGCAUCGGGCCGACGGAUGAAGAAAUCUUUGCUCAAAGCUACCAUCAGCUGGUGCAUUCGUCGCUGCUGCCUGAAAUUCUGACCAAAGAGCGGGAAUACGCGCGCACGAUUGCGAGUUUGUCGACGCAAAUGACCCAGCAAAUUACCACAAUGAACACGCUCCACCAGGAGGAGAUAGAAUCGAAGAUCAAGCUGCUGGACAUUUCAAUCACGCCCGAAAACAUCAAUCAUAUGCUAGCGAAGCAGUACGGAAUGCAAAACAUGAUACGGAAACAGUGUGAAUCGGAAUUGGAGUCGACGCGGGGCCACCAGAAACACGAGUAUCGAAACUGGGUCACGCAGCAUGUCGAUGAAAGUUUCCUCGGUCAAUCGGAAAGUCCUACGCAGAUAGGCAACCGAUGGUCAAUGAUAUCAACCCAAGCACCCUCGAUGGAGGAAAGCUUCACCAUUCAUCUCGGAUCUCAGUUGAAGCAUAUGCAUAAUAUAAGGAUUCUAAGUACUCGCGUUUCGGACCUGUGUAGUCCCCUGUACGGCGACACUUCGUUUGGUGGUCCCAACGUGGCCCUUGGGCUCUACUCCAGCUCGCUAUGCGGUAUCGUUGUGCUCACGCCGUCCGGCACAAUUACACCCGAUAGGGAAAUACGUCGCAAUGCGAACAUGUCGACGGAGUUUCAUUUCGAUCAGAUCGACCGUCAAAUAGAAAAGAUACAGGAGGACUUGAGAAACUUGCAGCAUGGUAAUGCUAUCGAUGCAGGUGGCGCCCAGAGCCUGACGGUAGGCCGACGCCCGGACCGGAAUGUGGUAACGGUGAAACCGGGCGAUGCGUUCAUCACUCGUCACUCGAAUCUCUCGCAUUCGCACGUCAUUUUUCAUCUCAUCUCGGAUGAAACAUUCCAAAGCCCAAGCGAAAUCAACUCGAGACACCCUGUGAUACUAGGAUUGAGGAAUAUUUUGAAAAUAUCUAGCCGACAUGAUAUAACUACACUAACGAUUCCCGCUUUGUUGAGGCAUGAAAUGUCCGAGGACAUGACGGUUAGUUGGUGUAUACGGAGAGCGGAAUUGGUGUUUAAAUGCGCCAAAGGAUUCAUGAUUGAAUCUGCUAGCUGGGGUGGAGCGGAACUGAACACAUUGCAACUUCUACUACCCCAUGAUAUCUCGGAAGAGCUAUUCCGCACGUUGGCCGACAUGGUACCGCACGUAUUCCGUGUGGCCAAUCCUAAGAUCCUGCAGUGAAUGUGUUUGCGGGGGUUUGAGGUACUGUUCGCUAGUCUGGGAACGGGGAAAGAAAGAGCGAAUUGAACAGAGCAAGAGCUGCGACAGUAGAACGAUGGAAACAUCGCGAAUUUAUGCAAAUAAAAUAUUUAAAAC